AUGGGCCCGAACCGGCGCGGGGGCAAGGCCGGACGGUCGGUGCCUGCAACCAGCGAGCGGCUGCAGCUCAACGGCCGCACGCGUGGAGCUGGGCGGCCGACGGGGCUGUUCCAGAUCCUGCCCGGAGGAAGGGCCAAAUGGGGCGUCAACUUCCCCACGUGGUGGGUGAUGAACUUCGGGUGGCACUUGCUCUCCGGCGCGCUGGACGGCGGCCACAUGGCCAAGCCAAUCCGCUUGGAGUACUUCACGGCAUACAAGGGAAUACCUGGCGUCAUGCUCGGGCCAAGCCUGGAGCACAUGUACGCAAACGGCGAGGGUGUAGACUGGGAGCACUGCCCCUCCAUGAAGCUGGGCCGCACGGUGCGGUUCCCGAAGCUGACGCCGAAGCAGCUCAUGGAGAUCCAUCCUGUCGUCUUCUUCGAGCCGGCGAUCUUCUUUUACAAGAUCCCAAGCUGUCGCGUGGUGGAGUGCCCGGGCUGCGGGGGGCGCGCCACGUCCAAGGGCCCGAACUACGGGCUGCACAAGCGCGUGUUUGACAUCGACCGCAGCCUCAUCACCUUCUCGCGGGAGUGGCUGUGCAACGCCUCGGAGACGAACGAGCUCACGGGCAAGCCGGGGUGCGGGUACGCCUUCAACCUCACGAACCCCGGGUACAUCGGCAAGCUACCUCCCGCUGCCAGGUCGGCCUACGACAACGUCGUCCUCCGGGACAAGAACUCAGUGACCCGGGACACGAUGGACCUGAUCUCUCGCAUCGGCGCCGGGACCUCCAUGCUGAAGGUGGAGCGAUUCCUCAAGGACGCCACGAUCACGCGGUACCUUCGCUUGCGGCUGUGGCUGACGGAGAUUCAGAUCACGAACGCCAUGUGCGCGGGCCACGACGGCAACUCCCUGUCCGACGUGCACAAGUACUUCGAGGCCAUGGACGAGCUCGUCGUGGACAAGUCGUGCAUCUCGACCAAGAACGGCGUCGACGCCUUGAUGCGUUUUGCGGAGCCACUGCCGAACGACCCGCUGCGCGAGGACUUUGGCGUCGGCCACCGCAGCCCUCAGCACUCGAUGGAGUUCCUCGCCGACGCGUACACGACCUGGCAAGUGCGCGACCUCGCAGCAAAGGGCGACGAGAUCCCGGCGCGCCUACACAACGCGCUGCUUGAUCUGGCGGGGCUUAAGCCCCCGGGCAAGCCACUGUUCGAGCUCCCUGUGGCGGCGUACGUGGACGUCGACGUGCACCACCCUGAUGGGCGGUGCGGCGCGGUGGCCCAGACACUCACGGCCUCCACCGUUGCCGAGAUGGAGAACGACUUGGCGUGGAUCAGAGGUGAGACGAUCGACUUCGCGUUCUACAGCUUGUACAACGAGAUGGAGGACGAGUGGGGGCAGCAUCGCGCGGGGGGUCAGCAGCUGCUGCACGACGUCCUGCUCGUCUCAACGAACGCGGUGGUGAACCUCAUGUGCCACUACGACACUCGCGAGUUCCCCGAGUACCAAGUCGCCACUGACAACACCCGCAAGUUCGUGCGCCAGCGUUGGUUCUCGGCAGAGAUCCUGGCGGCCUUCGGGUACCGCCGGCGGGCCCGCACGGCGGCGGUCGACCCAGCCACCGGCCAACCCAUGAUCGACGCGCACCGGGUCAUUCUGCCGGUCAACGCUUCCUCGCAGCCGGGCGGGUUCUGCCAGAGCACACGGAGGAAUCACUGGUACACCGUGGUCGUCGACAACGUCGAGGGAUCCAUCACGAUCCUGGACACCCUCCGCCGGAUGUACGUGAAGCAUCACGAGUGGAUGAUGUCCAUCCUGCCCGUCUUCCUGAACGACAUCCGGGCGGAUGCAGACCUGCCUGCGCGCCGCUGGACAACCGUCGUCCCUCAGAACUACCCGACGCAGGGCAACUAUUGCGACUGCGGGGCCCACGUGCUGCAGAUGGCGGAGUGCUACGCACGCGGGCUGGUCCUGCUGCCCGCCAUGCAGGCGCCGCGCCACGCGGGCCCGGAGCAGCAGCUGCCGAAGCUCGCGUCUCAUCGCCAACUGGUCGACUUCGUCAAUCGGGAAGGCGCGCAGGCCGCGAGGAGGGCCGUCAGACGGCGGAUCGUCGAGCAGUUCCGCCGGAGCCUGCGCAACAAGGACCCCACCGCGCUGCAGGCGAUGUUGGUGCUCUCCGAGCGUGCCAAAGCCCAACAUGGGAACGAUGCCGUUCGCGCGCGCGAGGUGCUCGUCAACGUCGCGGGCGACGACGUCCUGAGGGCGCAGCCGCUGGCCGACAUCCUGGCGGCCGCAAAAGCGCAGGACCGCCAGCAGCGCCGUGCCGAACUGCGGCACAGGAGCACGCUGCCGCACAACGCCAUCGCGGGCGCCAUCACGCGCCUGCUGCACCACUGGUACUCCGCCUUCGACAUGGAGCAGAUGUCCGAGUUUGCGGACGAGGGCUACGACGGCAAGUUCCUGUCGUACGGAGCCAUCAUGGGGCGGUACCUCGAGGAGUUCCUGCGCCUGGAGCCCUUCAUGAACUGCGUUCUGGACAGCGUGUGCGCCGAAUCCUACGUGCUGAGGGGAGACACAACUUUCAAGGUGGCCAAGGGGAUUCAUCUGGGCGGCGGACGCGUUUGCGACGGAAUGUACUUGGUCCUGAACGAAAUCGGCCAGGUCGUGGCGUACAACUUCGUCACGUCCGAGAGUGAUGCAGCGAUGCAGCCGAUCCUGCAGUCCCUCGCCACCCGGCUCAAGUACUUCCGAGCGCUCGAGGGCAAAGAAGGGGAUGGCAUCAAGGCGUUCUACGACGACCUGUGCUGUUUGCGCGAUACGCCCAUCCUGGCGGCCUUCCCCGACCUGAAGCUGGUCCGCGUGGACCUCUGGCACGCCAUGAACCGCGUGCUGCGGAAGACGAAAUCCAGUCACCCUCUGUUCAAGACUUUCAGCGGUAUGUUCGCCCUAUGCUUCCUCGAGUACGACCAGGGCGAUCUUGAGAAGUACAAGAGCUACAUCGACGCCGAGGCGCAGCGGACGACGGUGUCGAGACGUGCGAAACUGCCGCAGCCGGGGACUCCCCUGAGCAAGCUGCCGUACUACAAGCACUGCCGGAGGCAUUGCCGUGCGCGCGUGCGCCCGCCCGAGGAGAUCGAGCGGUGUCUGGAGAGUCUGGUGGCCGAGAUGGAGGAGCGCGCGGCGGGGGGCGAGCCGAUCAUCCAGUCCGACAGCGGCGACGGCGUCAAGCACAACCGCGAGGCGAUCGACAACCUGCUCGAGCACGUCAGGAGGGGCUGUCUGCAAGACUGGUCGGGGAGGCUCGAGGACAUGUACACGGUGGACCCCGGGAAGCACCGGUGCGGCCUGCCGCAGUACCUCGCGCUGAGGGGGUCCGGGUACAACGAGGCGCUUCACCACCGCCUGAACCAGGUCAUGCCUUCCAACCACAACAGCAUGCUGUUCACGCAUGCCAAGAUGCUGACGUCCAUCACGAUGUGGAACAAGGAGAAGGCGGACAAGCACACCGAGGGGGCCGUCUUGCCGACGACCGACCUCACGACGGUCCACGACAUCAACCAUCUGGAGGCCAGGAUUUACGGUCAGGCUCCCUACGCACACGUCGUGCGGGCCGAUCCGGAAGCACCGCAUGGUAGCCACGGCUUCGGCGAGCACUUCAAGGUGUUCGGCACGCGUGGAGAAGGGCUUACGACGCCGGAACACAUGGCGAUGAUCAACAUGCAGGACAAGCUGGACAACGUCCCGGCGGACUCCGCGCGGUACACCGCCAUGUCGGCGUCUUCCUCGCACGUGUGCGACGAGGAGCUGAGCCUCGACACCGCUGGCAUAGGCAGCUUGGACGCUGACUUCCAGGCAGUCAACAGCAAAUAUCACGCGAAGAAGAAGGAAGUGGCUGAUGCACUUGCCGCGCAAGAAGGUCCGAAGGGUGCGCGGACGCUGGUCGGGCACUCCUUGAAGCGCAAACGUCCGGCGCAAGACGAGGAUGAUCAGGGCGGGGGCAUCGUGACCAGGGGCGCCGCGAAGAAGACCAAGGGCGAGAAGAAGAGAGGCGGCACUCGGUACAAGUCGGGCAAGGGCAGCAGCAGGGCAGUGCGGCGCACGCCCGGCGUGGUGCGGCGCGCUGGUGCGUACCGCGAAGAGAAGAUGGGCGAAGGUGUGCCGGCGGCCAUGAAGGGCCAAAUCGGCCUGAGGCCGAAAGAUCCAAGUAAGGAGCGCAACAACAUGCAGGCAUGCCUUCACACCUCCAACCCCGGGCUCGUCAUCGAUGAGAUGAAGGCGUGCGUCGGUCUGGGCGCCAGCACCAUCCGUCACGGGGAGUCCCGGACAGUUCCAGCGCGCAUCAUCGCGGCUGGGGGGCCCGGCAAAAACAGGGUAAGGAAGGUCGCGGAGUUCCAGGCGUAUUUGCGCGGCAAGAUCGACGCCCUCAGCGAGCGCCAGAGGGACGUGCUUGCCAGAGCACCGGGAGGCCUGCCUGCGCAAGCACAAGGGGAUGCUGGCGUCGUCGCCGCCCAGGCUGAGCCGGUGGAGCAGAAGCCACCGGUCGAGUGA